GUUGCACAGUCGUUUCCGGGGUGGGGUAAGGAGGAGCGGGACUCUAGAUGGGUCGCAGUCGCAGCCGCUCCCCACGGAGGGAACGUAGGCGGUCCCGCUCCACAUCCCGGGAGAGAGAUCGCAGGCGCCGCGAGAGGUCCCGCUCCCGGGAGAGAGAGAGGAGAAGGAGCCGCUCACGAUCCCCACACCGAAGACGCUCCAGAUCUCCAAGACGACAUAGAUCCACAUCUCCUUCCCCUUCUCGACUGAAAGAAAGAAGAGAUGAGGAAAAGAAAGAAACAAAAGAAACCAAGAGUAAAGAACGUCAGAUUACUGAGGAAGACUUAGAGGGCAAAACAGAGGAAGAAAUAGAAAUGAUGAAGUUAAUGGGAUUUGCUUCCUUUGAUUCCACAAAAAGAAAAAACGCCGGGCGGCGACAAUUUGACACGGGCCGGGCUUUUCCUCUCAAGUCCCAGCCACGUGGCGCCCGCCGAGCUCUGGGCCCAUCCCGCCAUCGCCGGGCUGCGGCGCGGCUCUCCCUUCAGGAUGAUUCGCGGCGGGGCCCUGGGCCGGAGUUCCGGGAAGUCCUGAACCUCGGAGCCCAGGGCCGCCAGACCAAAGGCUACAUACAGCCCCGAACCCGAGCAGAGCAGAGCGCCCGGGCGACGAGAGGUGCCAUCCUUCCAUUCGAGGGAUGCCUGGCGGGUCCCCAGAAGUUUUCCCCGGGGACAGGUCUUGGCAACAGGUCCGAGGCGGGGCCGGGUGGAGCCGACUUUGGCAGCGGCCGGUGA